AGAGAGGAUAUGGAACCCUGUCCCAAUGCUGCUACAGGAUACAGACCAGCCUGCUUAUCUGAGCCAUCUGAGGACCUCUGCUCCACCAGAACAGGUCAGCAGUGUGCCUCUUUUCCAGACGUGCAGUGAGUGUAUGUACGGUCAGAUCAGAUACCUUCACUUAAGGGGAGCUGAUGGGGAGGGUUGCGUUGCUUUGUACCAUGGCAUUGGACUGUGCAGCGCUGUGGCAGUGUCCAAUUCUGUACUUUUGUGUUCCCAAGGCAAAGUAGCAGGCUACUCUCCAAACACAAUGAAGCGCUGCUUUAGGUCAGAUAGACAUCAACCAGCCCAGGCUUCAAAAAGAAGCUGAUCAGAACAUCCGUCCAAACAUGCACAUGUUCAUCUUGUUCUUACGUAGUUACUAGGUCACUAUUUGAUACCAGGUUCAGAUCAAACUAGCAAACUUGGCUAUUAAUGCUCUUACAUAGUCCAAAACACCAGUACCUUAAAGUGCCCUUCUCUGACCCGGCUGUCUCCAGAAGUACCAGACUAAAAUACACAUUGUCCCCAGCCACCACCAGUGCACUGACUGGUGGCUAUGUGAUAUGUUGUUCUCCAUGCCUAGAGGCUGGCAGGUUGGCAAAGUCUUCCUCAAGAGUCAUCAAGCCCCCUAGAAACCCAUUAGCAAAUACAAUCUAUCAAACUGAAAGCAAGCAACCUAUCACCAUCACCUUGGCCUUCCCAACCUCACAAUACUACCCAGUACACCUCACAAUCGCCUUGGGUGUAUAGCUGUUGUAUAAAGUCCAUCACAUCUCAGUCUCCUUUCAAGAGAGGAGAGCUCUCAAGAGAUCACAUAUAUUGUCCACUCUCUGUUGAUCACUGCUAACCUUUUCUAAGUCUUUUCCCUAUCUGUAUCCUUCCUUCCCCCCCCCCCACACACAAACACUUUUGCUGAACAAGAUGAGGAACCUACUGGAUUUUGAAGCAAAUUUUAUAAGACUGCUUGACAAAAUAACCAAUGGCUCCCGGAUUGAAAUAAACCAAACAGGUACUUCUUUAUACUACCAGCCUGGCCUGCUUUAUGGGGGCUCACUGGAACACGAUUGCAGCCUAAGUCGUAGUAUUGGGUAUUAUUUGGAAAGCCUGCUCUGCUUGGCACCAUUCAUGAAGCACUCAUUAAGAAUUGUUCUCCGGGGUGUAACCAAUGAUCAGGUAGAUCCUUCGGUGGAUGUUCUUAAGGCAACUGCUCUACCUUUAUUAAAAAGAUUUGGAAUUGAUGGUGAGCAUUUGGAAUUGAAGAUCACAAGGAGAGGUGUGCCCCCGAAAGGAGGUGGUGAAGUGAUAUUCUGUUGUCCUGUUAAGAAAGCUUUAAAGCCUAUUCAGUACAUUGACCCUGGCAAAAUUAAGCGGAUCCGAGGGAUGGCUUAUUCUGUCAGAGUGUCCCCUCAGAUAGCAAACCGAAUUGUGGAUGCUGCAAGAAGCAUUCUGAAUAAAUUUCUGCCAGAUAUUUACAUUUAUACGGACCAUAUGAAAGGGGCCAGCUCUGGGAAGUCUCCAGGUUUUGGGCUAUCCCUUGUGGCAGAAACUACAUGCGGCACUUUCCUCAGUGCUGAACUGGCCUCUAAUCCCCAGGGUCAAGGGGUGGCUGUGCUUCCAGAAGAGCUUGGCACAAACUGUGCAAAGCUACUACUUGAGGAGAUUUACAGAGGAGGCUGUGUGGAUUCAGCAAACCAAAGCCUGGUCUUGCUGCUAAUGACCCUUGGACAGCAGGAUGUUUCCAAAGUCCUGUUAGGACCAUUGUCACCAUACACAAUUGAGUUUCUGCGACACUUGAGGGACUAUUUCCAGGUUAUGUUUAAAAUUGAAACCAAAUCAUCAGCAGAAGAAUGCAAAGGCGGAGAAAAAGUCUUAAUGACGUGUGUUGGCAUUGGAUUUUCCAACCUUAGCAAGACUGUAAAAUGAAGCUGUUUCGGUGGAAUUUCAAUAAAAUGCAUUGUUUGGUUACGUAGGAGAAAAUGUGUUACAAAAUUUUCAUGCAA